AUGGAUGCAGCUCUCCAUCAGCUCAUGGCAUUUCGGUACAAGUGGAUCACGACCGAGAAUCCCGAAACGUGGAGAUUUGAGUAUUUGUCUCUCUUACUCGAAGCAGACCGGGUCUUAGAAAAAAGGCGUUCGCUUCAACCCGAUCAAGAGAGCAUUCUCAGAGGUGAAGACCGUAAACUCUUCCAGACGCUGGUGGAUUACCAGAAGCUUGAGAAGAGUCACACGGUUAAGCUGUCUGUGAAGACUGGUUGGCGUCCAAGCAAUACAGAGGCAGCGGUAAUUCACGCGGAUAUAUGUCAGAGAUGCAAUCGUCGCCGUUCAGUCACAGUGAUGACUUCGUACCGUAUAUGCCGCUAUUGUUCCGCUGGCCGCAAUCCCAUCGACGCACCUGAGGAUCAUGACGAUAGCACACCUGUGCUUUGGACUGAAUGCGGUUCUUGUCAAGCUCAGUACGUCGUUGACGACGAUGACAAAGAGAAUCCUCCCGAGUGCUUCUACUGCGAAAGCGGAAGCGCGGCGCCAACCGUGCAAUGUUCCGAGUGCCUCAGCCGAAUUAUCUGGCCCAAGGAAAUUGACCUCAAAGAUGUUGAUCCGAGCAAUUUCCAAUGCUGUGCCAGUGUGUUGGGUGUAUCUACUAUCAAGAGCCGCGAAACGACUGUCGGUGACCUGGUCAAGCACAACAUAUCAUGCUUCCUCAGAAACGAUGACAAUGUCAUCAAAACCCCCCUACAAGGGGAGUCUUUAUUCCAUAUAACAAGGGACUGUGAUUUGGCUCAUUUCUCCAGCAAGGUUGAAGUCAUGCCUGAUAGCAAUUCCCCUUUGGAACUGGACGGCAAGUUUAUUCACAACCAGACCGAGUUGAAAAUGAAGCUCCGGGACAUCAUCUUACCUCAAGAAAUCAAGAACUGUGCACAUUGUUUGGAGGAAAAUUCGAGUCUACAAUCUGUAUGCACAGAUACAACAUGCGUUACUGUGAUGUGCACCGACUGUGCCAACGAACUGUACGGGGAGAGUGGGGGACGCAAUCCCCAGUGCGUUUUUUGCGGAAGCCCCGUGUCUAAGAUACGCCUACCGAUGAUCCCCCAUGGAGGCUAUAUCUCGGCCACGUUCUUGCGCGCGGCGAGUAUCUAUCUUGCACCCUACGAGCAACCUGAUACAUUCGCUGCUCAUUGGCAUUUCCUUAGUGCCACGCAUAUCGGUCCAGCUGUGCUUGUAGUGGAGGAGGUUCGAAGAGGCCGGGCGUUGUCAACCCUCCAUAUUACGCUGUAUCAAGAAGGUCUCUUGUCCGAGAGCCCUUGGAUAUCUAAUAAGUCUAAAAAGAAGGUCGCGGCAUAUGUCACGAAUACUUUGCUCAAUGGUGAACAAGGCCUCAGUCUGCCAACUGGCUUUGAACUCUCUGCGCCGCCUCCUUCGGUCGACUUGACCAAGCUCGUAACAGAUGAAGACCCCAAUUGGGAGCGUUUACACAUGGUUGUGAUGGAUGUAGCACCCAUGAUGCAACACGUCGAGUUCUACUCCCCCAAAUACGAACAAACACCACCAGCAACAUGGGAUCUCUGGCUCCGCAUGUCCAACAACGAACGCUGGACAACAUGGGCACUCGGCUACAUCGCUGACGUCGCGCCCGCACUCAUAAUCGAGGGCUACCGACCAACAGACUUGGAUGCACCAGUUCCUGAAGACAGAUUUGCAUUUGACAAGAUCUUUUGGAUGCCCACGGUUUCGAUGAGCUUGGAUGUCAAGAAAGCGUUGCCAGAAGAGGGUGAGGAGUGGUUGAGGAUACGGAUCAGUGCAAAGGUUAUCAAGGAUGGGAGGUAUGAUGCUGAGGUUAUUGUUUUCGAUAGGGAGGACGAUGUUGUGGCAUUGAGUAAUCAUGUUGCGCUGAUACUGGAUGGGGAGAGGAACUGGGGACGUAAGGAGAAGCUGUAG